AUGUGCAGGGGGGGUACCGAGCAGUGUGCGGCCGCUCCAGGGACCAUCAUGGCCGUCCUUUGGGGGGCGUACUUCGCGUUCCUAACGGGGUUCUGCAUGUUGUAUGCGAGGGCGGCGCAGAGGGCGGCGGAGGAGAAGGAGGCGGCGCGGCACGCGGAGGAGCUGCUGGCGGAGGUCGAGGCGGAGAAGCGCGCCAAGGGCAAGAAGGGCAAGAAGAAGAAGAAGAAGGGCGGGGGGGCGGGCGGGGCUGGGCCGUCGCAGGAGCCCGAGGAGGUUGCCGAGGCGCCGUCGGCGGCAGACGCAGCCGAGGCGGCGAAGAAGGCCGAGGAGGCGAGGAUCCUCCUGCUUCUCGAGACGCUCACCGAGGAGAGGAUGCGGUUUGGCAUCACGGCGGAGAGCCAGGCGGCGGCGUCGGCAGAGGUGGCCGAGGCGGCUCGCUUGGCCGAGGAGGCGGAGGCGGCGGAGGCGGAGGCGGAGGCGGAGGACGAGGCUGCCGCAGAGGAGGAAGCGGUGACUGAGGCGGCGGCGGCGGCAGCGGCGGCGGCAGCGGCGGCGGCCGCGGCCGAAGCGGCGGCGGCCGAGGCGAAACUGGCCGUUGCCAAGGAGAGGCGCGCGGCCACUGCCGCUGCGAGGGCCAAGGCGGCGGCCGCCAGGAUGGCGGUGGAGGCGGCUCAGCGCGCAUAG